CAACCCAUAACUCAAACUUCUAGAGGGAAAUGACCCCAAGGGUGUGGAAGGACAAUUACACCAGACAAUUUUGACUGUGCAAAUGUGGAGGAAGGAGUUGCACCCUGGUGGGUCUAUAUUUGAAACUAGUACCUUUCCUAAUAUUGAGCCGUAGAUUCUGUCCCUAAUAAAACCUUUUUUGGUAUUUGAUUACCACUUACCAGCGGUGAAAUUGGUCAUUAUAUAGGAUCUGACAGUGGACACAUAGGGACUGUAAUAGUGGACGCGUGCAUGUUGUAGGUUUAAUUUUGUGCAUAUAUAUUUGACUACUAGGGACUGCUUUUGGUUCAUAAUAAGAGUUUUAAUAUUAUUGUAUUGUAGUAGUAGCCAUGGGGACUUUCAAUCACUAUGUGAUUGUUAAGUUCAAAGAUGGUGUGGCAGUUGAUGAUCUCAUUCAAGGGUUGGAGAAGAUGGUCUUUGGGAUUGACCAUGUCAAGUCCUUUGAAUGGGGAAAGGACAUUGAAAGUCAUGAUAUGCUAAGACAAGGUUUCACUCAUGCUUUCUUGAUGACAUUCAAUGGGAAAGAGGAGUUCAACGCAUUUCAGACUCACCCAAAUCAUCUUGAGUUCUCGGGAGUGUUUUCACCUGCUAUUGAGAAGAUUGUGGUGCUGGAUUUCCCAUCUAACCUCGUCAAAGCACCAGCAUGAUCCUCAACUUAUUCAAGCAAAUAAACUUUUCCAUCUUUAAAAGUGUAUGCAUGUGUGUGCAUCUGCUAUUUGUAGUCUGUUAUGGUUGUUCCUAGCUAGUUCCUACAAUCUCUUAUGCAAUUUCAAACUUGAUAAUAAGUUCUUCUUUUUUCCUAAUUAAUGGAAAUUUCUAGCAUUAUUGGUAUUUGUUAAUACUAAUUCUAUGAUUUCUCUCCAUGUUUCUACUGCCACAAAGGGUGUGAUGAAUGAUGAAUGUGAACAGUAUGAGCCCCUUGAUUGGAUGUUUUCUAUUUGGUUAUAGAGGAGGGAAUGUGAUUAUCAAUACAGAGUUUGAAUA